AUGUCCAGCAGACCGUCCACAGCGCGCGGGAGGGCGGGCGCCGACGCUGGGGGCGGGGACGGCGUCAACGUCCAGGUCAUUCUGCGGUGCAGGCCGGUGAACGAGAAUGAGGUGGCGUCGCGCGCUCAGAAGGUGAUCGACUGCAACGAUGACCGCAAGGAGGUCACGGUGUGGCAGUCGAUGGCCGGAAAGCGGGUUGAGAAGACCUUCCGCUUCGACAAGGUUUUCGGCCCGUCUUCCGGCCAGGAGGACAUCUUCCACACGUCCAUCGCGCCCAUCGUCCAGGAGGUCCUCGAGGGCUUCAAUUGCACCAUCUUCGCGUACGGACAGACCGGCACAGGCAAGACGUACACGAUGGAGGGCGACUUCCGCGGCGAAGGGAGCGGGUCGGCCCACCUCCCGGCUGGCGCCGGCGUCAUUCCCCGCGCGAUCAACCUCGUGUUCCAAACCCUCGAAGGCAUGGGCUCCGAGUACACCGUCAAGGUCUCGUACCUCGAGCUGUACAACGAGGAGAUCACGGACCUCCUCGCGGCGGGCGAGGACGACGCGGGCCGGCGGCUGCGUCUCAUGGAGGACGCGAGCAACGUGGUGCACGUCGGCGGGCUGGAGGAAAUCAUCGUGAGCACGCCGGGGGAGAUCCACGCGGUGCUGGACCGCGGGAGCUACCGGCGGACGAAGGGCGCGACGCUGCUGAACAAGCAGUCGUCGCGCUCGCACUCGGUGUUCACUAUUACCAUUCACAUGAAGGAGAGCACGCCCGAGGGCGAGGAGAUCAUCAAGGUGGGCAAGCUGAACCUCGUGGACCUCGCGGGGAGCGAGAACAUCUCGAAGUCCGGCGCGAAGGACCAGCGGGCGCGCGAGGCCGGCAGCAUUAACCAGUCUCUGCUGUGCCUGGGCCGCGUGAUCACGGCCCUGACGGAGCGGCAGCCGUACGUGCCGUACCGCGACUCGAAGCUCACGCGGCUGCUGCGCGAGAGCCUCGGGGGCCGCGCGAAGACGUGCAUCGUGGCGACGAUCGCGCCGACGGUGACGUGCCUGGACGAGACGGUCAACACGCUCGACUACGCGCACCGGGCGAAGAACAUCCGCAACCGGCCGGAGAUCAACCAGAAGAUCUCGAAGACCGCGCUGCUCAAGGACUACGCCGGCGAGAUCGACAAGCUCAAGGCGCAGCUGUACUCGGCGCGGGAGAAGGAGGGGGUGUAUUUGCCUACGGACCAGUACACGGCGAUGGAGGAGCGCAUCGCGACGCAGGAGCGGGACCUCGCGGCCGCGCAGGAGGCGCUCGGUGUGCAGGCUGAGGCGGCGCGGGCCGCGGAGGGCGCGCUGGCGGCGGAGCGGGCCGCGCACGGGGCGCUGCGGGCGAAGCACGCGGCGGCGGUGGCGGCGCUGGAGAGGACGGCGGCGAACCUGAAGCAGGCGCAGCUGAAGAUCGAGGAGCAGGAGCACGUGAUCGCGGUGCAGCGCGAGGCGGAGGCGGCGCUGGCGGCGCACGCGGUGGGUCUGACGCAUGAGCUGGAGCGCACAGCGGCGGAGCUCGGCGCCGCGCACGCGAAGAUCGAGCGCAAGGCCGGUGUCGAGCGGGACAACGCUGCGACGGUCGGGGCGCUGGCGGCGGAGGCGCAGCGGGCCGUCGGGGGCAUGGCGGCGGCGCUGGGCCGCGCUGUUGAGGCGCAGCGCGCGGCGCACGGUGCCGUGGCGAGCGGCGCAGCUGCGGCGCUCGAGCGGCGCAGGGCAGAGCUGCAGAGCUCGCAGGCGUCGCUGGAGGCGCUCUCCGGGACGCUGGCGGGCCUGCGCGACGCCGGCGCGGCGUCUCUGUCUGGGCUCGCGGACGGCGCGCGGUCGGCGCUGUCCGACGCGGCGGCGAGCCAGGAGCGCCACCGCGACGCCGUGGUGAAGGCGCUGGCGGACGCGGAGCGCGCGUGCGCGGACGGCAUCGCGGAGGUCCGCGCUGCGUUGAGCGGCGAGCGCGGGCGCGUCAGGGCCGUGGCCGACGCGCAGACGGCGGCCGCGGAGGAGCUCCGCGCGCACAUGGAGCGGCUGGUCGCGAGCGCGGAGGCGGCGAUGAAGGGCGUGAGCGACGCGAGCGCGAGGGCGAGGGCGGACGGUGCCGCGCGUGUCGCGGCGCAGCAGGAGUGCCUGCGCGCCGUGGCUGCGGAGUUCCGGGCGCGUGCGGAGCGGGAGAAGGAGGAGAUGGUGAAGCGGAUGGCGGCCGUGGUCGGCGACUUCGUCGGCGCGUCCGUCGAGAGCGUGACGGCGGUGACGGCGAAGGUGGCGGAGGACGUCGGCGCGGGGGGAGUCUCGCUGCAGUCUGACAUGGACGCCGUGGCCGCUGCGGCGCGCGAGGGCGCCGGGCUGGCUCGCGGCGUGGGCGUGAAGGCCGGAGAGGAGGUCGCGGAGGCGGCGGCGAAGGCACGGGCGACGCUGGGAAGCAUCGAGGAGGGAAUUGGUGCUGCGAGCGGGGACGCGGAGGGCGUGGCCGACGGCAUGCGCGCUGCGGGCGAGGCUGCGCGCGCGCAGCUGGAGGAGCACACGGACGCGCUGGUGGAGCGCGCGAACGCGGCGCAGGCGCGCGUCGAGGCGGCGGUCGCGGCGGGGGUGUCGGAGCUGGCGUCGGGCGCCGAGGCGGGCGCCGCGGCGGUCGGCGGGAUGCACGAGGAGGCGCGCCGCGGGGCUGAGGCGGCCACGCGCGAGGCCGGGGAGAUCACCGCCACGGCGGAGGGCGGCAGGGCUGCGGUGGAGGCGUACGGCGCCGAGCAGGGCGCGGGCCUGGAGGGCCUCGGCGGGCACGUGCGCACGAAGCUCGAGGUCGAGUACCGCAGUGACGUUCCGACGGGCGAGACGCCGAAGAAGCGCCGCGUCGCCGUGCCGGCCGUGGCCGAUGCUGAGGCGUUGCGCGCCGACAUUGAGGGCGCGGUCGGUCAGCUGAAGAAGUCGAGGAUCGACGCGGGGCUGGAGGUCUUCACAGGCUUCCUGAGCGACGGCGAGGAGGGUUCAGAGCCGUCGCCGACGUCGGAGGAUGUCGAGAUGGAGGGGGAGGGGUCUGGGACGGACCGCGAGUCAGGGGGGGUGUCUUCUCCGGUGCGGACGAACUCGCUCGCGUCGUCCGAGGGCGCUGACGGCCCGCAGACGCCGCGCGGCCGGCCGCUGGUCGAGCGGAGCGGCAACGCGGCUCCGGCUGAGUCAGCGCCGAAGACCCCCCGGGAGUUGUUUACUCCUGGGAAGCCCCGGUCAGGGCUGCCGCGGCCGGGGAGCUCGCGGCUGCGCGCGCCGACGACGCGGUCGACGCGGAGCCGGCCGGCCGCGGAGUAA